AUGAAGUUCCGGAGAGCCUCGCAUAAUCACGGAUCCUCUUCCUCGAUACAACAAAUCAAAGAUCCAACUGCGAUAAUUCCCCCAAAGAAGGUCAUCAAGGCUCUGUACGACUGGGACGCUCCAACCGACAACCCCACUGUGCGCUUCUUGUCGUUCGCUUCUGGCGACUUCCUCCACGUUACUGGGCGCGAAGACGACACCGAGUGGUACGAGGCCUGCAAUCCGCUCCACAACUCGCGCGGCUUGGUGCCUGUCAGCUACUUCGAACAAGUCGGCAAGACAGUGCGCGACAGCGCUUCGGUCGCGUCGUCACCCAGCACUCAGCACGAUAGUGGUUAUGCCGACAAGGCUUCGCACAACCCCUCGAGAAUGAGCAAGUCUUCCAUGGGCAGGUCUGGCGGUGCCCCUGUCUACGGCAUUGUCGCAUAUGAUUUCAAGGCCGAGCGCCCCGACGAGCUCGAGGCCCACGAAGGAGAAGCGAUCAUUGUCAUUGCACAAUCCAACCCGGAAUGGUUCGUCGCAAAGCCUAUCACGCGACUGGGCGGUCCAGGCCUCAUUCCCGUAUCCUUCGUCGAGAUCAAGGACCUCACCAGUGGCAAGACAAUCGACUCGGCCGAGGCCAUCGCAAGAGCUGGGAUCCCGAGGGUGGAAGAGUGGAAGAAGAUGGCAGCAGACUACAAAAACACCAGCAUUCCGCUAGGGCAGAUUGGCAACAUGCAAGCCGCUUCUCAGGCGUCAGUGGCAGGUUUGCAAUCGACCUUGGAUCGCAUGAGUCUCAGCAACGGCAGCCACGCUCGCAACAUGUCGACAGUAUCGCAGCGUGUGACAUCGCAGGCGCAUUCGCAAUACCCACUUGCGCCGUUGCGCGCCUCGGUCCCACGCUACAUGUACCUUGACGAGAAGUUUCAUUUCAUUGUUGAGGCGACACUGGCCGAUGGCUCUCAUUGGGACUUGACGCGCAUAUACGAGGACUUCUACGAGCUUCAAAUCAACCUCAUCAAGGCCUUCCCCGAUGAAGCUGGCAACACAGGCCAGCCUCGCACUCUUCCACUUAUGCCCGGCCCGGUACAAUUCGUGACGGAUCGCAUCACCGAAGGCCGUCGUGAGAAUCUCGACGAAUAUCUAUAUAAGCUCUUGCGCCUUGGUUCCCAUGUCGUCAACAGCACGCUAGUCCGUGGCUUCUUCAGCCCUCAUCCUGGGGACUACGAGGUAGACGUGAAUGUUGUCGACCUCAACGAGCACAGUCGCUCUGCCGCAGAAGCAAAGACUGAUCGCUACUCGACCGCUUCUCACGCAUCCGGCCACUAUGCCGCUUCAACCAAUUCUGCCCGGCAAUCGACCAGUGCACAAUCUUUCGCUGCCCAUCAACGUCAACAGUCAUCCGUUGGUGCUGGAUCCAUGCGCGCCCCUCCUGGUCACUACCGGACACCCUCCCAGUAUACUGAUUCCACUGUGAACAAUAAUCACAAUGCUGCUCCUCCUCUCGCGCGUCAAAUUACAGCCAUGUCUACUGCAACAACUUCUUCAGCAACGACUAGUGGUGGUGCUUUGAAGGUCAAAGUGUGGUUCGACCGCGAGACGUGUGUUGUCUUGCGUCUCCCGCCCCGAGGUGCUUUCAACUUUGAUGAUCUCUACCGAAAGAUUCUGGAGAGACGCAGGUUAGAGUACGGCGAGGCCGACCCACGUUCCGACGAGACAGAACUGGAUAUUGAAGUUCGCAGCGAGCGAACGGGCGACUACACACCACUUGUGAACGACGAUACCCUAGAAGAUGCUAUUCAGCAGAACGAAAAAAUGAUGCUGGUUGUACAAAGUGCUCACGGAAGGUAA